GGAGCAUGUGCCUUUAAUCAGUACGUGAUAUAAGAUCAGCCAUAUUUUUUUCUCGUGGUUUAUAGUUAUGUUAAAUUUAUUGAAAUAGUUGUUAAAUCAUAUUUCAGUGACUUGAUAUAAAUGGUUAAAAUAUGAAUAUUCACGCUGCUGAAAUUAAACGGAUAGCUGAGUUUUCAAAACUGUCCGAGGAAGAGGUGCAGGAGUACCGUGAGGCGUUCAACAUAUUUGACCGAGAUGGAAGCGGUGCCAUCAGUAUAAAGGAGUUGGAGAUUGCUAUGAGGUCCCUUGGACAGAAUCCCAACGAAGAGGAAUUGGAGAGAAUGAUUAAAGAAGUGGACAAGGACGGUAAUCAGGAGCUCGACUUUGAGGAGUUUUGCGAGCUGAUGAGCAAGACGAAAAAGGACGUGACCAGCUACAAGGCCAUAGAGGAGGCAUUCAAGGUGUUCGACAAGGAUGGCAAAGGGAGCAUCCCGCGGGAGUACUUCCGGCACAUCAUGACAACGAUGGGGGAGCGGCUCAACGACGACGAGGUGGACGAGAUGCUGGACGAGGCCGACGCCGACGGAGACGGGGAGAUCAACAUACAGGAAUUUACAGCGAUGAUUUCACAGAGCUAAGAACGCUCUUUUCGUGCCACUGAGUUUCAUCAGUUCAUUUAUCUAACAAGGGACUAGUGUUGAGAAUCGGACAGAAAAGAUACUAUCGAUAAUCGGCUUAUGAAACCGGUCAAUGAUCGAUUAUUAACCGAUUUAAUCAUUAUUUUUUAUCUUUGGUCUUCAUAUUUAAGUCAUACAUAUACAGUACAUGCACCAGUUUUAAGCAUCAAUGUUCCCUUACAAUAUUGUUUGUACAUUUCUUUAUAUAAAUUACAUCAUUUUCAGAACGCAACUAUCUUUUAGCGUUAACAAGUCAAUACUAUUACAGAACAAAAGAUCACAGGCUACAAUUGUUGUACUACAUUUAGUAGUGUAUACAUAAAAAUAAACCAAAAG